CUGUUCUGAAGAUCGAUGUCUGUUUCCUUGAGCUAUUUACUUUUCUUAUCAAUUUGGAUAAGCAUGGCACAAGCCCAGCAGGGAGGUCCAGAUGAAAAAGAAAAGACUACAGCACUGAAAGAUUUGCUGUCUAGGAUUGAUUUGGAUGAACUCAUGAGGAAGGACGAACCACCUCUUGAUUUCCCUGAUACGCUGGAAGGAUUUGAAUAUGCUUUUAAUGAAAAGGGGCAGUUAAGACACAUAAAAACCGGGGAACCGUUUGUUUUUAACUACCGAGAAGACUUACACAGGUGGAACCAGAAAAGAUACGAGGCUCUGGGAGAGAUCAUCACAAAAUAUGUUUAUGAGCUCCUGGAAAAGGACUGCCACUUGAAAAAAAUCUUUAUUCCAGUAGAUGCCACUGAAAGUGAACCAAAGAGUUUUAUCUUUAUGAGUGAGGAUGCUUUGACAAAUCCACAGAAACUCAUGGUUUUAAUUCAUGGUAGUGGUGUUGUCAGGGCAGGUCAGUGGGCUAGAAGGCUUAUUAUUAAUGAAGAUCUGGACAGUGGCACACAGAUCCCUUUUAUUAAGAGAGCUGUGGAUGAAGGGUAUGGAGUCAUAGUCCUGAACCCAAAUGAAAACUAUAUUGAAGUGGAAAAGCCAAAAAUGCACAAACAGUCAUCUUGUGAUGGCACAGAUGAGCCAGCAGAGAAGCGGGAAAGGAAAGACAGGGUCUCCAAAGAAACAAAGAAGCGUCGCGAUUUCUAUGAGAAGUACCGAAACCCUCAAAAAGAGAAAGAAAUGAUGCAGUUGUUCAUCAGGGAAAAUGGUUCUCCUGAAGAGCAUGCAGUCUAUGUCUGGGACCAUUUCAUAGCCCAGUCUGCAGCAGAGAGCGUGUUUUUUGUUGCUCACAGCUAUGGAGGACUUGCUUUUGUUGAACUGAUGAUUCAACGAGAAGCAGAUGUAAAAAGUAAGGUGACUGCUGUGGCAUUGACAGACUCCGUGCACAAUGUGUGGCAUCAAGAAGCUGGCAAAACCAUCCGAGAAUGGAUGAGAGAGAACUGUUGCAACUGGGUUUCCAGCUCAGAACCAUUGGACACAUCUGUGGAGUCCAUGCUGCCUGACUGUCCCCGAGUAUCUGCAGGCACCGACCGCCACGAACUAACUUCCUGGAAGAGCUUCCCGUCCAUCUUCAAGUUCUUCGCGGAAGCGUCGCACGCCAAGAGCAGCUCGCACAAGCCCGCCCUGACGCGGCGCUCGCACCGGAUCAAGCACGAAGAGCUGUGAGCUCGCCGCCGCCCUCCCGCCGCGCCCGCAGCCUCCCGGCCCCCGCUAGAUUGCUUUCUUCCUCCAGCACAGGGCCAUGAUAUGUUCCUCUAAAUAGUGUUUUGCAUUAUUUCUAGAUGAGUGCAACUGUCAAAGCAAUAUGGAGUCAGCGGGCCGCCUUUCCUGAGGGCUGAGCUGGGGGGGCAUGGCGCUGGGGUCGGCGGCCGACCCAGGCUGAGCGCGCCCGGAGCCCCGCGGCUCUCUGCAGCUAACCUCCCCGGUGAGCCGCGUGUGCGAGCGGCGUCUGCGCGGUCCUACCGCCUGCUGCAGUGCGGCCGCGGCUGAAUCGUGCCCAUUUUUACUUAUCCUUAAAUCCAGCAAGCUUUUACUCUAGACUUCAAACUUUAAUUUUAAUCAAGUUUUUCCCUCGGGUCAUCUUAUGAGUCCCUCUCUUUUAUAGAAAGCCACACACCCGAGUCCUAGAAAUGCCACCUUUAAAUUGAGCACACGAAUGCCAUGAGGUACUAUGUAGUUUGGGGAGUACAAAUUCUUCUCUCCCUGUAAUGACCCAUUUCCAUUUCAAGACCAAAAGAAAAACUUUCCAUAACAAUUCAUAAAGUACUGAAUCCGAAUCCUUUUUUCUGGACAUCAGGAGAGAAUGUUCAAAUGAAAACAUAAGCAGCUAUUUUAGUUGUAGGUAUAAGGCCCCAUUUUCAGUGAAAUUUCUAACACACUUAACUGGCCCUACUGUUAAAACGUGUAACAUGCUGAGUGAGUACCAUUUAGAUGAUACACUUAAGGCUUGCUUUCUGUGUACUAUGGGGCAAAGAGUUAGUGGUAGUUACUAAUCCGUACUAAGUAUACUUUGACCUUUAUGUAAGUGAACCUUUUCAGAUACGGGAUUAUUUUUUUUUUUUUAAGUAUCAUCAAGAAAAUGAAACUGCAUAACCUCAUCCUUCUGACAGGCUAAAUAAGGUUUAAAAGGCUUCAGUUUUCAUCUACAAUAGGAAAAGAGAAUGACUUUGUUUUAAAGGUGCACAAUUUUUAGUGUCCCACUUCCUCUGGUAGGGUUUUGCCCUAUAAUUCCAGCUGUUAGGUCCUUUACACCAACUGGGAUCUGUCGAAUACUGUGAAAUGCAGAAGAUAAAAUAAGUGGCCAUGUUUUAAAUUAAAACAUUCAACAUAAAUUACUUGAAGAUUUCAAUUAGUGAAAAUCCUAUCCAGUGGGUGAGAUUGUGAAUUUAAUACUUCCAAUCCUUUAAGUGAAUUCAACAAGUAAUGAGUCUGCCUUAUUUGAGAACAUGCAAAAGUAUAUCCAAAAUGAUACUGAGGCCUCAGAAUAACCAGAACUUAAUAAGCUUAUGAAGAAAUUUUUUUUUUAAUAUUGUGAACUGACUUCAGCAAGUUUUAGAACCAGUACUCCAUGCACUCAAUAGUUCCGUGUUUUCUGUGCCUGGGAAGUAAAGUACCAGUGAUGGAUCAUGUCUGGACAUCUUCUGAUAUUACUUAAGCAGAAACAACUUAAGAGGAAAAUCAGAAUAGUGUUUUAUCUAACAAUGUCAAGCACAGUGCUCUGUCAUAGUGACCCUUCACAUUUCUUAUUUUAGAGGGAUUGGUGAACUCUGUAAAAAAUAAUGUCUUCUCAAUGACUGACUUUGAAAAAUUGGUGUGGGUUGAAUACAUCUUACAAAUGUUAUAAAUUAUCUGGUGUUUUCAGUAUAUGAAAAUAUUAACAAGAAACUAAUUUUGUGAUGUUAAGACAAAAUCAUCACUGGUGCAGGGAUAAAUCUGGGAAGCUUCUGCAGCAGAACUAAAGCAAAGUAAAUGUGCUCAGCUUAUGAACCAAAGGACUGCUGGGCCUUCCUCCAGAUCCCUCACUUUUACAGAGAAAGUCAGUUUUCUUAGGAUGAGCUCUUUAUAAUCACUGAAUUGUAACCUUGUUAUCUGUCUGAUAGAGAGCUAUUUACAAUGUUACAUUUUGUCAAUGUCUGUUGCUACUUAUGGAUCUGCACUGUAGCAACCCAGAGGGAGCCAGGCAAAACCCUCCAGUGAUAAGUGAUUCCUUAUAAUGUAGGGUUUCUUAACCUGUUGAUUGGGAUGCUGUCCGUAUAGGUAUAAUAAUACUACUCACCUCAUUUUUCAUGAACUAACAACAAGCAGUUGACAGUACUCCCGCCUACAGAGCAGUGGCCAGUGUUAAUAACAGGUCUUCUCCUUGUUGUUUCCUUUGAAAGAUUCUAGACACAUAGUGGUAUAAAGGUAGAGUGUGGGCUUUUUGUUUUUUGGUUUUUUUUUUUUUUCUUUAAUCAUAUGCUUAGUUCUUAGAGUAAAUAGAUUGAGAAAGACAUAAAUUGGAGCUACAGAAUAGUCCUGAUGAAGCUUCACUGCCAGGCAGUUUCAUUGGAACUUUCUGAGGGGACCUAACAUAUGAAGUCCUUGAAAGUCAUCCUGGGAAUAUGAAAGACCAUCUACUUGUAAUAAUUGUUCUUUUCUCACAUUUCUGCCUUUGUGCUUCCUGAAAUGCAUUUUUGUUUACAUGUCAAAAAUAAACAAAGCACAGGAGUUUCCUUUAAUCUCUUCUCUGUCUAACAUUUUAAAAUAAAAAAAAGUUUUUCCAACAA